ACCUUUUGAGUUUUCCAAGACGACUUGUUAUCCACACUUUGACGAUAACCCAAGGACGAGCUCAACAAGAAAAGAAUAAGCAGUAACAAGAGAAAAACUGGAGCCCGCAGCAGCUUGACUUGUUGUAUCUGCAUUUGGUCCCUUUGUCGAGGACUACAUUGUUGGUCAUGACUUCCUCCUACCGGUCGCUGGAGACCUCUUCACAAGACACGUCAAGCGCCGCGCUCUUGAACGUGCAGCAGGAUGAUGACGACUCAAUAAGGCCAGCCACACCUCUUGUUUCCAGUGCUCCUUCCAAAUGGCGUAUUCCGUCCAACGUCCGUAUUGUUCUUCUCUCUUCGUGUGCAGCACUCGGUGGAUUCUUGGGAGGCUACGACACAGGCAUCAUCUCUGGCGCAACGCUGUACAUCCAAGACGAGUUCUCGCUUUCCAACUUUGAAACAGAAUUGAUUGUUUCCGGUGUCAUUGCGGGUGCUGUUGCGGGUGGUCUGGCGGCUGGAAAGAUGACAGAUCUAUGGGGGCGGAAAUAUGUUAUUGUGGGAGCAUCUGUUGUGUUUGUUUUGGGGGCCGUUAUCAUGGCUGUGGCAGGUGGAUGGGGGCUAUUGUUGCUUGGAAGGUUGAUUGCAGGUGCUGCUGUGGGGUCCGGUGCUGCAGUGCCUGUGUAUAUUGCAGAACUUUCGCCACCAGCUAUCAGAGGGAUGUUGGUCAAUUUCAAUGCGUUUUUCAUUGCGCUUGGCCAGCUUGUUUCGUAUCUCGUUGCCUACGCCUUAUCUGAUUCCCCAGAUGACCCCCAUUCGAGCGGCAAUUGGAGACUGAUGUUGGGACUUGCUGCCGUUCCGGCGGUAAUUCAGUGUUUUGGCAUGAGCUUGAUGCCUAUGAGCCCAAGGUACCUUGUUCAGAAAGGACGCACAAGAGAGGCGUAUGAUGUUCUGGCGAGUGUCCGGCCCAGUAAGACUACGAGUGAGGAGCUGGAGUCUGAGGUUGAGUCAAUAAAGCAGAGCCUGAGUCACAUCGUAGAGGAGGUUCCGUUUAAAGAGAUGCUUUUGAAUGCAGAGUACCGAGCAGCGUUGAUGAUAGCCGUUGGAUUGCAGGUUCUGCAGCAAUUUAGUGGAAUCAAUACUAUCAUGUAUUAUUCCGCUACCAUCCUCCGUAUGGCCGGCUUCCCCUCCAAAUCAUCUGCGAUCCUCUUUUCAACCUUCAUUGCACUAGCCAACUGUUUUGGCUCGCUAACAGCAAUGCGCCUCAUUGACCGAACCGGCCGACGAUGGCUGCUACUGACAACGCUUGUAGGCGUCGCGGCGGGAUUGAUAGUUUUAAGCGCAACAUUUCAUGUGUUGAGUUCUGGAGCUGUGGAGGGGACCGUCCUGGCUACUGGUGAUCGAGUGGGACAAGUGUCUGGAGUCAGUUGGGUUGCAUUAUUGAGUUUGGUUCUAUAUGUGUUCUUUUAUGCGAUUGGAUUAGGUUGCGUUCCCUGGAUCAUUAUCUCUGAGAUCUUCCCUCUCGAAAUCCGCGGCAAGGGCGCCGGUGUUGCGAUCGCAGCCAACUGGUUUACAAACUUUCUCAUAUCAAUUACUUUCCUUACAAUUACUCACCUCAUUACUCCCGCCGGCACAUUCUUGAUUUACGCUGGUGCGGUGGUGAUUGGAUGGGCUUUCGUGUACAUUAGAGUCCCGGAGACCAAGGGGCGUUGUUUAGAGGACAUUGGUGGCGGGAGCAUUGUUUUCGCUGCACAUUAGUAUUAUCUUGCAUUGGAUAUAUAGACUGCUAUGGUUUUUUUUUAUGCUUCUUUUCAUGUUCAUUAUUAGGAUGAUUUACAGAAUACAUUUUGUAUUGUACUUUGUGU